AUAAGGUGAUGUAUAAAAUGCUUAAAUUUUUCUAAUGGGAUACAGUUGUCAGUAAGAGGGUGGACGAUGAAGACUGUCUUAAUUUUAGCUGGCCUCGUGGCCUUGUCCAUGGGGACCACCUUCCCAGUCUAUAGACAUGACCACAUAGAGACGAAAAAAUUGGAAGGUGACCUUGUGCACGUCCAGGAAAAAGUACUAUCUCUUCUUCAGAAUGUGGGUCAAAUUAAUUACAACGCCGAAUAUUACACUAUCGGCAAAGACUACGAUAUUGUGGCAAACAUUGAUAAGUAUGGAAACCGCAAUGCAGUUACGGAGUUUGCUGAAUUUUACGAAACUGGAUUCCUGCCUAAGUACUCCGCGUUCUCAAUCUUCUACGAGAGACAAAGAGAAGAAGCUGUAAUCUUUUAUGAGCUAUUCUAUAGCGCUAAAGAUUUCGAUACCUUAUAUAAAACUGCUGCGUAUGUAAGAGUUCAUUUCAACGACUAUCAAUUCUUAUAUGCCUUCUACGCUGCGAUCAUACAACGACCUGACACUAACGGCAUCGUUUUACCUGCUCCUUAUGAAUUAUGGCCUGAAUUCUUCGUGAAUAUGGAAACUAUCUUCAAAAUGUACCGCGUCGAUAUGCAAGAAGGUAUUGUGAACGCAGAAUCUGGCUACUACUACGGUAUCUGGAAGGCGGAAAAUAACUACUAUUUCUACUACAACUACUCUGAUCCCUUGGUCUAUCAAAACCAGGAGCAUAGAUUGACAUACCUUACAGAAGAUAUUGGCUGGAACUCUUACUACUAUUACUUCCAUAACCUCAUGCCAUUCUGGGCCAAAGGAGAGGAUUUCAUCGGUAUAUUCAAGGAACGUCGUGGUGAAUUCUACUAUUAUUUCUAUCAACAACUUUUGUCUCGUUACUACCUUGAGCGAUUGAGCAAUGGCUUGGGUGAAAUCCCAGAGUUCUCCUGGUACCAGCCCUUACACGCUAGCUAUUACCCAGCUUUGACUUCAUGCGCUGCAUAUCCAUUUGUUCAACGUCCCAACUACUACUAUUUGGGGUCUGAAGAGAAUGUAGACUACAUCCAAUUCCUUGAUGCUCAUGAAAAGGGCUUCGUACAAUACCUGCAGACUGGCCAGUUUAAGGCUUUUAAACAAGAAGUAGAUUUCCGAAAUUCAAAGUCCAUUAAUUUUGUUGGAAACUACUGGCAAGGAAACCCUGACCUGUACGACAAGUAUGACCACUUUAACUAUGAACGCUCAUACGAAGUCAUUGCUCGCCGCCUCCUUGGUGCAGCUCCUCAGAUCUCAGACGUCUACAAAUUUGUGCCUUCUGCUUUGGAUUUCUAUCAAACUUCGCUACGUGACCCAGCAUUUUAUCAGUUGUACAAUAAAAUCAUAAGUUACAUUGUGGAAUACAAGGAAUGGUUGGAGCCUUAUGGUCAAGAAGUUCUUCAUUACGCUGGGGUCAGGGUCAAUGACAUGAAGGUUGAUAAUCUGACCACGUACUUCGAAUACUAUGACUUCAACGCUACUAACACCGUCUACCUAACAGAACAACAACAACAAACGGGAUAUUCCUCUUUCAUCGUCCGCCAACCACGUUUAAAUCAUGAGCCCUUCUCUGUCACUAUUGAUGUCAAAUCUGACGUUGAAGCUGAAGCCGUAUUCAAAAUCUUUGUUGGUCCUAAAUAUGACGGAGAAGGUCGUCUUCUUAGCUUAGAAGAUAACUGGAUGAACUUCGUCGAGUUAGACUGGUUUACCCACAAAUUGACAUCGGGACAAAAUAAGGUUGAGCGUAACUCUGAGGACUUCUUCUUCUUUAAAGAAGAUUCUGUCUCCUUAGGAAAGAUUUACGAACUGUUGGGACAAGGUCAAGUACCUGAAAGUAUGGCUGUAGAUUACGACUCUCUUCCUAGAAGACUCAUGUUACCCAGAGGUACCCCGGGAGGAUUCCCUGUACAGUUCUUCGUCUUUGUGUACCCAUAUCAAGCUCUUAGCAAAGAUUUGGAGCCUAUGAAAAAUAUAAUUAUUGAUAACAAACCUUUGGGUUAUCCAUUCGAUCGUCCAGUCCAGGUUCCAUAUUUCUUUUUACAGCCGAAUAUGUAUUUCGAAGACGUCAGUAUCUAUCAUAAAGGCCCUGAGUACCCCUGGUGGAGUGCCACGCAUUCUGGGCAAUAUCAUUUAAAUGAAAUCCCUAGACACUAAAAGGAGAGAGAAAGAGUUACGGUAUCAAUAUUUUAGUAGGUAUGUUCGCUAGAUAGUAGAGAAUGUUUCCUAUUUAAAGUGUAUACAAGCAUACAUGUCAAAAUAAAUAAGUAUUUUU